UUAACAGUUUCAGAGGAACAAAAGUUGUGAAUCCUUUGAAUUUUUGAGGUAUUAGUCGAAUAAGACGAGAAAUUGUUCUUUAGAGUAUAGUUAAAGAAAAUCUAGUCACUAUGUUUGGCAAUCUAAAUUAUUUGUCACAAAAAUUUGACGCCGACUGUCAUAAGUUGAAAACCAUGUAUGAUGAAGAAGAUGAAAACCUCUUUGUACCAGAAGAUGUCAAUAAAAUUAUCAAAUCGACAAUCGAAAUUAAUUUAAGUGAUGCUGAAUACAAACCGGACAAGAUAAGUGCCUGGAGUGCAAAUAUUUCUGAACAAAUCCUCGCUUCUUUAAGUAAACUGAACAAGAUGUUUAAAUACGUAGUGACCUGUUCAAUAUUGCAAAGAAGUGGAGCUGGAUUACAUACAGCAAGUUCGUGUUAUUGGGACAAUUCGACUGAUGGAAUUUGUACUGUUAGAUGGGAAAAUAACAGUUUGUAUUGUAUAGUCACUGUUUAUGGGGUCGGUAUUUAAAUGCUUAAUAAAACAAAUGCACUUUUAAAUAUGUUGUAAGA